GUUGGCCCGUUUUCCCGGAAUCGUACUACGGCGAAGGAUGUGUUCGUGGUGAAGUUCAUCGGGAAGCGCCCAGACUCGUCGUCACAUGUAAAGCAGAGCCUCGCUAUCCCACAAUGCGCCAGCGGACUCAUAGCACUCAUUUCCCAUAGUAGGUUCGUUACACUGGCGGCAGUCAGGCAGCAGCUGGCCGCAUUUCUUCAGUGAGUCUGAUCGCAGAGGGGAGUUUCUGUUGCGGUCCGAGGCUUGAAUGAGGUUGAUGCUGCUCUGUUGCACCUGGAAGGACGAACGCAUGGGAGAGGAGGAAGCUGGAGGGAGGUUGCCGGAGUGUGCAGGAUGCAGACAGCACAUCUAUGAUGAGCAGUACCUACAGGCCCUCGACACGGACUGGCACACGCUGUGUUUCAGGUGUUGUGAGUGCGGGGCGUCUCUCUCACACUGGUACUAUGAGAAGGACGGGCGUCUCUUCUGUAAGAAGGACUACUGGGCUAAAUUCGGGGAGUUGUGUCAUGGCUGUUCAGAGCCCAUCACCACCGGACUCAUCAUGGUGGCUGGAGAGCAGAAGUAUCACCCAGAAUGCUUCACCUGUCUGAAUUGUCGAGCGUUCAUCGGUGAUGGAGACACGUAUGCGCUGGUGGAGCGCUCCAAACUUUACUGUGGACACUGUUAUUACCGGACUAUCGUGACUCCGGUCACCCUGCCUGACUCGCCGUGCUCCAGGAUUCCUCACACGGUCACGCUAGUGUCUAUUCCCGCCUCCACCGAUGGGAAGCGAGGUCUUUCCGUGUCUAUCGAUCAGGGUUCCAGUCCCAACGGCUACAGCCCCGAACACAAGCCCACCGUCAGAGUCUCACAGGUGGACCCAGAGUGCAUCAGUCCAGAUGUCAAGAACUCCAUUCAUGUUGGUGAUCGGAUCCUAGAGAUCAAUGGAACACCGAUUCAGAACGUUCCUCUGGACGAGAUUGAUUUGCUGAUCCAGGAGACCAGUCGCCUGCUGCAGCUGACCAUUGAACAUGACCCUCAUGAUCACAGCUCUUCAGAGGAUCAGGUGGACGGCCCCACACCCCCAUCCGAGGGCCCCAGUCCCAUCACGCCCAUCACACGGCCGCCCAGCCAGGACAUCAACAACCUGCGCUCACGCAUAAUCACGCGCAGCUACAGUAUCGAUAAAUCGCCGUGCUCCAGUAACACGCCGUCUCCACUGUCUCUGAGGAAGGACAUCGGCCGCUCGGAGUCGCUGCGCGUCGUGACCAACCGCACACACAGAAUAUUCAGAGCCUCCGAUCUGAUCCAUGGAGAGGUUCUGGGGAAGGGCUGCUUCGGACAGGCCAUAAAGGUGACUCACAGAGAGACGGGCGAGGUGAUGGUGAUGAAGGAGCUCAUUCGUUUCGAUGAGGAAACACAGAUGACCUUCCUCAAAGAGGUGAAGGUGAUGAGAUGUUUGGACCAUCCCAAUGUGCUGAAGUUUAUUGGCGUCCUCUACAAAGACAAACGGCUCAACUUCAUCGCUGAGUACAUCAAAGGAGGAACACUGAGAGACAUCAUCAAGAACAUGGACAGUAAUUAUCCAUGGAAACAGAGAGUGAGUUUUGCCAAGGAUAUUGCCUCUGGGAUGGCCUACCUGCACUCCAUGAACAUCAUCCAUCGAGAUCUCAACUCACACAACUGUCUGGUCAGAGAGAAUAACAGUGUUGUUGUGGCGGACUUCGGACUGUCCCGGCUUAUGGUGGAGGACAAGAACCAGGACAAACUAUCUUCUGGACCUAUCCCGGGCGUCAAGAAACCCGACAGGAGAAAGAGAUACACUGUGGUGGGAAACCCAUACUGGAUGGCUCCCGAAAUGAUUCACGGAAAGAGCUAUGAUGAGAAGGUGGACAUCUUCUCCUUCGGCAUCAUGCUGUGUGAGAUUAUAGGGCGAGUCAACGCUGAUCCUGACUACCUGCCCCGGGCCAUGGAUUUCGGGCUGAACGUGAAAGGCUUUUUGGACGAUUACUGCCCCUCGGACUGUCCGCCCUCUUUCUUCCCCAUGGCGGUGCUUUGCUGUGAUCUGGACGCAGAGAAACGGCCUGCAUUUGUGAAGCUGGAGUCGUGGCUGGAGAACCUGAAGAUGCAUCUGGAGAUGGGCCUGCAUCUGGUCUCAGAGCUCGAGCUCAUUCAUCAAGACUUCUGUCAGAAACACUCGAGCAGCAAGAACGGGCUUCACACGCACCCAGAGCAGCCCGAGUGACACUGCUGAUGGAGGGCAAACCUCCUCCUGCUGAGCAGAUCUACUGGAGGACGACGAAGAUGCUCCAUCACUGGACGUCUGCUGUCGGUGGCCUGCGGGCCUGAAGACUCCAUGUUUCUGGAAAUCCAAGCAUCAAAUGACACCUGCAACAUAACGUCACGCCACUGUCCGAAAGGCUUCGGCCGGAACAGAUGAUUCCAGUUUGAAAACAUCACCUCACAAGCACCGUUUCGUCAGUCAUAAUGCAUGUCUGUUGUGGCUUAUUGUGUGAUGUUCUUCGUACGGUACUGAUGGUGCGUUCAUGUCUCGUCCAAAUGACCAUAAAAUGCAAGUAUGAAGCUCUCACUCGCCCUGCUUCAGUUAAAGGGCAUGUUUUGGUACUUCUGGAAAUUUAUGUUCUCCUCAUCAGCGUCCUGUCCUCGUGUUCAUCUUCACACGUCAAGUAUCACUAAUAUUCCUCAUGUCAGGCAUUUCCCGCACUGUAAAUAGAGUUAUAGUACAUAUUGUAAAUGUUUGACAUAUUGUAUAUGUGCAGACAAUAUUUUUUGUAUAAUGAUUCCGCAUUGGCGUACUUUUCACGAGAGCACCAGGAUCAACUUUAGAGUGGAUUCCUGUCCGUGUUGAACACGUAAAAAACAUAAUACAUGUGAACUGUGGGCCUUCUCUUCCUCUAUUGUGUGUCCCAGUUCAGCCCUAUGGGUCGAAUUAACUCAUUUGCUGUCCUCUUUUACCCCAAAAUCCAAUAUAUAUAUACAGGGCUUGACAUUAACACCGCCAAAUACGUGUGUAUUUCAGCAGAGGCGUGUAACGCAGCCACUCCUACUAGCAACUUUGGCGGGUUGAGUUUUAUAUAUAAUAUAUACAUGUUUUAAUUGUAGUCUUUUAAAAAGGCAUCUAGUGUUGGGCAAUGUAGUGUUGUCAAAAAUAUUUAUUGAUACGGAAAUAUCUUAAAUGCUUCCAAUACUCAUUUUCCGCAGAAUAGACACACAAUACCAGCUGCUCUUUCUCUCUCUCAUCUCUCCUCCCCUCACUCACUCAUUUCAUUUGCUCCGGAUGAAUAUUUUUGUUGUUACAGGGUUUGAAUUUCGGUGUAGGAUUGCGCAUAUUGCGCAUAAUUUUACUCAUUCCUGCAGAUUUUAUUCUCACAUCCAAAGUGCGCACAUAAAGCCACCUCUCAGUACUAAAUUGUGUUCUCUUCCAAUGCUUAUUGGUCUUAAACAGUCAAAAACACACAAAAUAAUGUCAAAAUGCUGGUCUUGGCGAGUAUUAAUGUAAACACAGUCAGUUUUAGUUGAAUGUAAACAGUUGAGAAAGAAAACGCAUGUGUAACAGUAUAAUGGAUCCGUGCGUCAGGUCUUAAAGUGACAGCAGCCUAAUAAACCUGCUGCCAAAUUAUGAGAUGUUAUUAAAAAUAUCUAUAUGGUACUGAUAUUAAAACUGUGGCCAGUGAAAAUGCUGAGUGGCUAGUAACUUUGGAAAACCACAGUGACUUUGAGCAAAAAUGUUAAUGUCAAGCCCUGUGUGUAUAUAUAUAUAUAUAUAUAUAUAUAUAUAUAUAUAUAUAUAUAUAUAUAUAUAUAUAUAUAUAUAUAUAUAUAUAUAUAUAUAUAUACACACAUAAAGAAAAUGAAGCUUUUUUUAAAAUAAUUAUUUAUUUAAAUUGUAAAUUAAAUGUACAUCACGUUAGUAUGUUGAAACGAAUGUAAUUUAAUGGUGAUUUACUUCUCAAAAAUCUUCACAGGUUUCUUUUGUAAAACUGAAUUCCUUGAAUCUCUUUUGAUUUUGGGGUGAAAGACGCUGCAGAUUUCCUGUGCUUUACGGUGAAUCUCAGCCAAACGAAGCGCUCGUCACUGCUGUCUGAUCUGGGUACAGUUUGUUCUCAGGCUUGUGUUUUGGAAAGGUAGAGCCUGGUUUUAGACCCACACGCGGGACGGUGGGUCUCAGGGUCCUUCGAAACAGGUGAUCUUUGUGUUUACACAACACUGCUGGUGUAAAUAUCUUCCAGAAAGGCUUCUCUCAAUGUUUCCUCCUCCUGGCGUCACGCUGCAUGCAUCACUGGCUCGGCGUGACGUCCUUCGCUACCAGUCCAGCUAUUCUCAUAACGGUGAACAAAUAAUAUUACAAAAACACACAGGAGAAUCGCCAGGAAAGCACGUGUACAGACUGAAAAAAACAAAGACUAAAAAAGUAAAAACACAGCCUCUUCUUGUCUCUUUUGGAAUAGAACCACUAUUUUCUCUUUUCUAAGAUGUUUAAAUGAUUUCAUUUGCACUAUGGAAGAAAUCGGCUGCCGCUCGAGCCUUUUGGUUUCUUUGUCUUGUUUGGUUGGUGAUUGUAUGAAUGCACGUCACUGAUGGAGCCUUUUGUGACGUUUGGCCCCUGAUGCCGCGUCUCCUGAGCAGCACGUGCGUAACAGACUCAGAAAACGUGACCCGUUUAGUUCAUUCAUCAACAUAUUAAUACAGAGUAUCUCAAUCACAGGCUGCCGCUGAAGUCAACAUGAAGCAGCAUCUGCAGUCUAUACUGUCAAACUUGGCAUUACCCAGAAUGAAAUGACUGCGUUCGCUAUCGGUACGAUUUUCACAUUGUCCAAAUAGAUCCGGGGUGUCCAGUCCUGCUCCUGGAGGGCCACUCUCCAGCAGAGUUUAGGUUUACCAAACCCAAUUAAACACACCUGAACAGCUAAUCAAGGUCUUCAGGAUUACUAGAAUCAGAGAUGGUCUUAUAAGGGUGUGUUCACACUUGGCAGGUUUGGUUCGAUUAAAACAAACUCUGGUGCGAUUCAUUUGAAUAAGUGUGAACACUACCGUCCGAACCCUGGUGCGCACUAAACAAGUGGACCAAGAUCCCUGAAAAGAUGGGUCUGGGUUAGUGUUAUCAAAAUACAGACUUUGAUACCAUGUCGGUACUGAAAUUUUAAAAAUAUGAUGCUUUGAGUACUGUUGGGCAGAUUCGUAAACACCUCUGAUUGGCCACUGAGUUCAAAAGCUCAACAGAUAUGUCUAUGAUUGGCUACAAUGAUCAACGCACGGGAGCAUCUGUGUAAGCGCUCUGUGAAGAGCAUCAAAAAUGUCUAUUUACAUGUUGAUAUUGUAGCCAAUCACAGACAUAUCUGUUGAGCGCUUGAACUUAAUGACCAAUCAGAGGUGUUCAUGAAUCCUCUCAACAGCGCUCAAAGCGUCACAUUUCAGUACCGACUUGGUAUCAAAUUCGGUACUUUUGACAACACUAGUCUGGGUCCGCUUCCAAAUUAAAUCUGGUGCAGUUCGAAUGAAAUGUGAACGCAACAUGGACCAAAGACAUCUAAACAAACCAAAAAUAAGAAGUGAUGUCACAAGAUGCAUGCCUAAAAAGGACAGAAUGCUCAAGCAUAUGUUUUUUCUCGUCAUAGUCGUGAUGUUGCCCAUCACAGUUCGGUACAGGCGGAAACGCGUCUCCUCGCAGCAGAUCUUGUUUGUGUGUGACGGAGGGAUUCCUGCCGCUGUUUUGACCCCUUUACACAUUUAUACAAGAGAUACAAGGCUCUACAAUUAGGGUCCGUUUACACAAAACCGUUUUCAACUAAAAACGGAAAGGUUUUGUGUUUUGGCCAUUCAUUUACACCACAAUGGCGUUUUGGGGGCCUGAAAACGCAAGCUUUUAAAAACGGGUUUUAAAAUGCAAGUUUUUCUAUAUGUGUUUCUAUGUCUAUAGGCGCAUAGUUUUUCUUUACAAAGUCACAUCACCACCUACUGGCCUGGCUUGAGUAAUACAGCGAUUUUAUUCGUUUUCGUGGAUCUGUGUGAACGGGGAUCAUUGUCGACUGUACGCGAAAAAUGCAAAGGAAAAGCUUUUCCAUGUUUAGUACGUCGUUGUCGUGUAAACACACCAUUAGUGAAAGCGUAACAGCCAACUUGGAUCACGUGUGCCUUGAUAACCAAUCACAUUACAGCCUUGAUAUCAUUGAAUUUCUUUCAUAGUUGCACGACAGUCAAUCACUGUUUCCGAAUACCGUAGAAAUGAAUGAGAAGUGUUGUAAACUGAAUCCAACCUGUGAUCGUGAACUCUCUCAUAGAACAGCAUUUUUUUGGUGUAAACUCAAUCCAAUACAAAUAUUUACAGGCAAACAUGUUGAGGAUUAGCCAAUAGGCUGUCGAAUCAUUGAAUGAUAAGCUGUUUUCCCACAAGAGCACCGUACUGACGCCUCUCCUCCAUUGACAUCCAUUAAAAAAAAAAUCAGCCUCUGGUCUCCUUCCCUCUGUACUGCAGCGUAACGCUGUUUUUGGAGGCUUGCCUUAAGGAACUCUUCAGAAAAGUGUUCCCCAGGAGCAGGAUUGGACACCCCUGAAAUAGACAUUUGGCUAUUGGUUAAUAUGAACCGGUAUCCUGCACAACCUAGUCGAUGAAAAGCCAUUUUAGAGUUACUUCAUUACUACAAUCAAUUUUGAUUUCAUGUUGACUUUAUGCCUUGAUGAUCUGAUAUCAAUACUAAUGCCACUAAUAAAAAGCCAUAUUGCUAUAAGCUAUUAUACCGAAUUGAUUACGAGUCCAUUGCAUUGAUUGAAAAUGGACUUGAGCCAAAAACGACAGUGCUUCAGGUGAUUUGCGAGGUGUUGACCGCGAUCUGCUGCUCAGGCGUCCGGCGCGGCGGCCUCACUGCUGCCUACUGAGAGUCCUGUAGCAUGACCACCACCUUCAUCUUCAGACAGAAAGAGCACUUAAAUGAUGUAGUCUAGCUUGUAAUGCUUCUAGAAGUCCAGCUCAGGGUCCCGCCGCUGGUGUAUCUGUAUGUCCGUCUGUAUCUGUACAUGCAUGGCAUCAGUCAAACGAUUCAAUAGCAUCAAUGAGAAAGUGUUCAAAGGUACUUCAACCUGUUCACCGAUCUGGUGCGGACGUGAGCGAAUGCUGCAGAAACGAUGGCUUUACCUCUCAACAUUGCUGUGCCUUUGUUUUAUGCUAGCCUUGCCAACGACUUGUAGUGUGUUUUGAGCCGGAUGAGUUUAUGUCAUCGCUUACCUGUUUCAAUGGGUUUUCCCUUUUUGUUCUGAGAUGUAUUUAUAUUUUCCAUGUUUCCUUUGUCCAGUUUGAUAUAUGUUAGUUUUAUGGUUUCCUGUAAUUUAAUGUUUUUACUGAAGCUGUGAAAAUGACUCUGCACUUUAAACGCACUGGCCGUGAACGAGGCGACUGUAAUUCAGGACAGAAUAAACUGACGCUCCUGAUGUUA